CGAGUAAAACAAACAGCCGCUGCAGUCGCCGUGUGAUGACGUGCAGUGUUUGGUGAGACACACGCACCACGAAGGAGGCACUGGCCGCCGCGGCAGGCAGGGGAUGGCGGACGCGGCGGCGGCUCUGAGUGGGGAGGACAAGGAAGAGGAUGGGGGGGACAGAGCGACCACAGCCAGACCUGCCGAGACCCUGGGCUUCUAUGAGAUGAGUGACGGCAAGCGUGUGGAGGUGAAGAAGAGGAACCUGUCAGAUCUUUCAUUAUUCAGGUUCAUCGGUGCAGAGCUCACCCGCGGUUAUUUUCUGGAACACAAUGAAGCAAAAUACAAAGAGAGGAGAGAGCGGGUAUACACCUGCCUGCGAAUACCCAGAGAGCUGGAGAAGUUGAUGAUCUUUGGGUUCUUCCUGUGCCUGGAUGCUUUCCUUUAUGUAUUCACGUUGCUCCCACUGAGAGUUCUCCUGGCUUUUAUCAGGUUUAUUACUCUGCCUUGUUGUGGAUUAAGGUUGCUUUGCUCUAACCAUACUGUUCAGUGCAUCCUAAACCAACACGAUGGGUUUUUACACGCCAUCCUCAUAUUAGUGCAAGCGACCACCCUGAAUGUGGCCUUCAACUCUCACAACAAGUCCCUUCUCACAAUCAUGAUGUCUAACAAUUUUGUUGAAAUAAAGGGGAGCGUUUUCAAGAAGUUUGAGAAGAACAAUCUCUUCCAAAUGUCUAACAGCGAUAUAAAAGAGAGAUUCACAAAUUACGUGCUACUACUGAUUGUAUGUCUGAGGAACAUGGAGCAGUUUUCCUGGAAUCCAGAUCACCUAUGGGUGCUGUUCCCUGAUGUGUGUAUGGUGAUUGCAUCGGAGAUUGUUGUGGACGUUAUAAAACACGCCUUUAUAACCAAAUUUAAUGACAUCACUGCAGAUGUGUACAGUGAAUACAGAGCCAGUCUUGCCUUCGAACUCGUGAGCAGCCGCCAGAAAAAUGCUUACACUGAUUACAGUGACUCCGUCUCCAGGCGGAUGGGCUUCAUCCCUCUGCCACUUGCGGUGCUUUUAAUCAGGGUGGUGACCAGUUCAGUUAAGGUGCAAGGUGUCUUGGCAUACGCCUGUGUUGUGCUCUUCUACUUUGGACUGAUAACUCUCAAGGUACUUAACAGCAUUAUAUUGCUUGGGAAGUCCUGUCAGUAUGUGAAGGAGGCCAAGAUGGAAGAGAAGCUGUUUCAGCCCCCCGCCACCAGUGCGCCAGGAAAAACGCCGAAGAAAGCCCCGAGCAAAUCCAAAGCAAAACAGGGACCUCCUGCAGACGCCCCUGUCAGCGCUUCCGUCACCAGCCAGCCCAAGCGUCAGAACUCCACUGCCCCACUGCUUGUGGAAAGUAAUCCCGACAAGUUCCUGACCACUCCAGAUGGGGAGGAGAAAGACAUUACACAGGACAACGCAGAUCUUAAAAACAAGUCCGCUAACAAGGAUCUGCUGGACAUUGACCGCUUCACCAUCUGUGGCAAUCGAAUUGACUGAAGUCUUCUAGAGAACGUGGGGAAAACACGGGAAAGACUUCGCUAAGCUUUGGCACCUGGAUAUUUAUUUUUUUAUUUUUCUUUAAAUUAUUUCUACAGGCAAAGUCUAUUCCCUUUUUUGAAAGGCAGUGUGCUGUGGAUUUGACGGGUGCAGCCUGGAGGCGUUGGGAACGUUUCCUGGAAUAUUUGGCUGGCGCUUGCAAGCCUAGAAAAGUGAGUGAACGGGAAGAACUGUGCUUUGCAACGUGGAUCUUUGUACAUGAUUUUCUCUCGGGAUCCUUGAUUUUAGUUUAGAAAAUAAUGAGCAGUCUUGGGGUAAAAAACUUCCUCAUCAGUCAUUGCCAGUAUACAGGUUAGCUAGCUUAGGCCUAGAUCAAAUGCCUUAAAAUGUCAUAUAAACAGAACCACAAGAUACUGGGUAUAAAUUGUUUCCUUCCAAAACGCUUCAACCGUGUGUCAUACAGUUAUAUUUCACACCUCUAAUUUAUUCACCUGGUAAGGUUAUGUUUGUAUUUUAGAAGCCUUAAAGUAAAAUUAUGUUCUUAAAUAUUUAUAUAGUAAUUUUCCAGAAUUAAAACAAAACAAAUGUAUUUUAACAGGUACUAGUAAAUCAACAAAUGUCACUUGCCUGGAGCAUAUCUCCUAUAAACUUGUAAAGUGAUGUGAACCAGUUGCGAUUGAAACAGACUGGGCUGGUCUAACAUGUACAAUCUGUUUUAUUUCUACAUGUGCCAGGUAAUCCAAUGCCCUUUACUAAAGUUGCUUUUUUUUCAUAAUGUACUAAUAAAAUGUCAUAUUGUUGUAAUAUAUUGUGCUGCAUGCAAAGAACAUUUAACUACCAUCUUUCUAAACGCUGAACUGCACGAGAGAUACAAAAAACAAAAACCCCCCCAGAACAUUUCAGUAGUAAACUACAAGGUAGAAAUAAGGGCUCCAAAUAUUAAACAGUAAAGUGAGUUAACCAGCAGGGCUUAAUACAUGGAUUAUACAUGCAAUAAAGAUAUAUUAGUUACCUACACACUGUGGAAGUCAUUAUGUAGGCUGAACAACAUUUAAGAGACCUUUCCAAGAAGACACUGCCUCCUGAGUACUAAUCAUGAACCGCCUCAGUGAUGCCACUGAUUCCCAGAUAAUUUCUACACUAUAUUUUCAUGAAUGCCCACAAAAUUCCCACUCUGUCAGUACUCUUUAACAUAAAGAAGUAAAAAAGGGGGGGCUUGUUGAUGUAGUGUCAUGGGUUACUGGCCCACUGUCUGAUGUACAGUAUCUUGUUUACUUGUCCACUUUUAUAUUUCUUGACAUGCUCUGAAUCACCCAUAUCUAUGUGCCAUAGGUUCUCCACCAUUAUCCUGUUGUUCCUUCAGAAGAAUGCAUGGUGUAAUAAUGUAUAGCGGUUGAAUUUAUAUAAAACAAACAAAAAAACACACAUUUACUCGGACAUGAUAAAUGCUUACGUCAAUUUUUUCUUGCAAGUUAGUGGCCAAAGAAGAAUGGUUCUCAGUCAGCAAAGAACUUAAUUUGAAUUGGAGAAGAGCAGUACAGUCAUGAUGUCCCAGUUGACCUGAAUCUGUAAUAACUGGAUUUGUGUCCAGUUUUGCAUAUGACUGGGAAUGUAGACUUCCAGAUUUUGUAGUUUGGCAGUAACACCAAACAAGAUUACUUGUAGCAGUUAACCCAUAGCGAUCCGUGUGAAUUGUGUUUUACCAUACAGUAAUAUCUAAUAUUUGCCUAACCUGCACUUGCAAAAUGAAACAUUCUAUAUAUAAUAUUCAUCUCCACAUUUAUUGUAGUAAAUAUCCACUAAUCUAUUUCAGUGUAUUAAAAACUUGCAAUAGAUAUGUUCUACAGUAAAGCAGUUCCUACUAAUAUAUUUUAGAAAUGUCCAGAUCUACAGAUGUGUCCUGUUACACCCUUGCCGCAGUCACGCUAAACAGCCCUUAGAGUCGCGCCAUGCCGUGGCAGGACUCUGGAUCACUGAGCGUCUGUUUUGCAAUUUUCCCCCCCGCAAAUAUGCGUGUUAGAUGCAAAGUAAUAGGACGCACAAGCUGCCUCUGAGUAAUAUAAUAUGCAGCAUGCCUAUAUUCUGUGUGUAAUUACAGCUCUAUCUGCAUCCAAAAUGCCUCGUUACAGUGUUUUCCAUGUUACAGUGUAGCAUAGCAUUUUGUAUGCAAAUGCAGUCGCACACACAAUAUAAGCAUGCUGCAUAUCCUUUUAGUCAGCAGAAGCUGCUUGUGCGUCCUAUUACAUUACUUUGCAGAAAAAAAAAGAAAAAAAAGGCGCUUAGUGCUACCGAGUCACACAGCAAUCACGUGUUAUGUGUAACGCGACUUGUAGUGCAUGGAGCAAAGAUGUAAGAAUACACAUCUGUAGGACAGUGAGACCAUUCAAAAGAUAUACUGCAUUACAACAGAAUAACAGUAUAUUCCUGUGAGUCCUUGACGUGAUAUAUUUUUAUGCAACACUGGGCUUCUUUUAUUGCACUCUAAAUGUAAAAUAUUUUUAUAAGGAAAUGUUUUGUUGACAGUGGGUGACCUGUCACUUUGGGGCUAUGCCACAUAGACAGGCUUAUCUUUAGCCAGCAGUAACAAAUAAAAAUAAAAUGGAUAACAUUAUCUUGUCAGAAUUAGCUCAUGCCGUGUUGAGUUCUAACUGUCACUGAUAUACAAUGGAGGCGGCCAUUUUUUUGCCAAACCACAUUAAUCAUGAUGCUGUAGACUACUGAUUGGAUAAGAACUAGUGAUAGACAUACGGCAAAAAAUAUCCUGUAUCUCUGUGAAAUCACUAGAGAACUAGACCUUGCCUCCACCAUGACUGCCAGGUGCAAUUUAGGACUACAUAAAAAAUGGUGCCUGUUAAAUCAGCCAAGAAAAUGGCCCCUUUGUAUGUAUACCCUUAGAAGAUUCCAUGCAGUACGCUUCCUUUUUGAGGGAAGCAGCCAUCCCUCUAUAUAUCCUGUUGAAAACUAAACCAAGAAAAGAAAUCUGCUGGGAUAACUUUGCCUAGAGUCUGUGCAAUAGAUCUGUCACAUUUACAGCUCAAAAAUGUUCAACACUACAGGGUAGAGUUAAUAAAACUUCUAAAAAUGAAAAGAGGAUGUAUUGCCCAUAUCAGCCAAUUAAAUGUCAGCUUUCAUCUGUCUAGUUCAUUCUAGAAAAUGAUGGCUAGGAUGUGAUUUGUUGCUGCGGGAAACACCUCUACUUUUUCUUUUCAGAAAUCUUAGUGAGUUUAUUCUUUAAACCAAGUUGUAUUUGGAUUAUUCUUGGUGGUAAGACUGGAGGAAGAUUCAUGUAGGUGGCAUUCUUAUAGAAGAACUUUAUGCAUUCUGUAUAAUAAGUAAUGUGAGUGUGUACAUACACCUUAGUUAAAGAGCUAAGUUUUGUACUGGUUUGAAUUCUAAGCAAAGUGAUUCAGUUAUUGGGAGACAUGUCUGAAAACAAACGUUAAAGCAAAGCUUAAAUUAAAGUAAUUAUGCUUACAAAUGUCUCAACCCUCCAAUUAUAAAUUGAUUUGUACAGAAAUCUGAAAUGCAAUUUGAUAGUGAUUCUGUUGAAAUUAUUAUUUAUGAAGGAAAGGACAUACAUUUUUCUUCUGUUAAAAAUCAUAUUGUGUACAAGUUUUAUAAGUGCAUCUUGUAAAACGAAGCAAAAUAAAUUUUAUAAUAUUUUAUAAUUCA